AGCUUCCUUGCUUAUCGCCUCCGCACAGGCUUUCGCGUGAUCCAACACGCUCGAGCUGGCCUCACCAACAGCCCCGAAGGCCAUACCAAUGACAUGGCCGCGGAUCAGAAGACGCCAUUCUCUCCGUCAAAGCUAAUAUCGCUGCCAUGUAUUCCAAGCUGGGGCGGAUUGAUUCCGCCUUACAGAUGGAGAAGGACGUAUACUCCGGCCGUCUGAGGCUCAACGCAGAACAGAGAGAGACCCUCCUAGCAGCCAACAACUACGCGCUGUCCCUUUUUUCAGCAGAGCGCUCCGAAGAGGCCAAGUCGGUGCUGCGCAAGAUGAUGCCCGUGGCGCGACGCACUCUCGGAGAGAGUGAUCAACUUGCACUCUCGAUGAGGUGGUGUUACGCGGGUGCGCUCUACGGCGACCCUGGCGCCACGCUCGCCGAGCUCCGCGAGGCCGUGGAAACGCUCGAGAGCGUCGCACCUUUAUGGAGGCGCGUCUUCGGUGAUUCUCAUCCCGAGACGCCGAGGAUCCAUGAUGCGCUGGCAAAUGCACGCGAAAGGUUCGCCCGUGCGGCCGCCGCGUCCGAGUCGGAGUCGCCGCCGUGA